GAAUCUGUCAAGUAUACCUCAUGAUACAAAAUAAUUUACAAGUACAUUCAUAUACAUUUGCUAAAGCUGUUAGGUUGAUAAACGUUAAAUAAGACUACAAGCGAUAAAUCUCAGCUAAGCUACACCAUUGGUCAUAUUUGGUAACGAUACUUGCUUGAAUUUUCUCAAAGAAUCCAAAGAUGUCUGCAGGGAAGUUAACAUACAACUAUUUGAGUAAAAAUUGUGGACUCAAGGUGUCAAGUAUUUGCCUUGGUACUAUGACAUUUGGUGAAAGUAAGGGAGGGGGUAGGCCAGGUCAAUGUGAUGAAGCCUUGGCACAUCAAAUAUUAGAUCGCUAUGUGGCCUGGGGUGGCAAUUUCAUAGAUACAGCUAAUAUGUACCAAGAGGGACAGUCCGAGACAAUGAUUGGCACUUGGUUAAAGAAAAGGGAAGAUCGUGAUAAACUGAUCAUAGCAACCAAGGUGCGGGUCUCCAUGGACUCAAGUGACCCUAACUGCGAAGGUCUCAGUAGGAAACACAUCAUCUGGAGUGUGGAGGAGAGCUUAAGGAGAUUGCAGACUGAUUACAUUGAUCUUUAUCAGAUCCAUGCUUGGGAUGAAGGGACACCUAUCAAGGAAACAUUCUCUGCACUGAAUGACCUUGUGAAAAGUGGCAAAAUCCGCUAUGUUGGAGUUAGUAAUGUGACAGGGUGGCAGCUUCAGAAAAUACUUGACCUUCAGGAUAGAAUGGGAUGGGAGGCUUGCGUCACUGUGCAGAACCAGUAUAACCUAUUAUGUAGAGAGACAGAGCUAGAAGUAGUUGAAGUGUGCAAGAAUGAAGGACUUGGAAUGUUGCCAUGGAGUCCACUAAAAGGUGGUUGGCUCUCUGGCAAGUUUAAAAGAGACACUGCAGCAAGUGGUGACACAAGAGUUGGUUGGGUCUCUGAGAAAGAGUCUUCUAGACGUGCCCAAAGUCAUCCCAGCUUUCAACAGUACCAAGACAAUGAAAAAGUCUGGAAUCUUAUCGAUAAAGUGGAGUCCAUUGGGAAAGCACAUGAGAAGUCUGUUGCCCAAGUAUCACUGAAGUGGUUGCUACAAAAACCUACUGUCACCUCUGUGAUUAUUGGUGCCAAGAAUCUACAACAACUUGAUGAUAACCUUGGUGCUGGUACUGACUGGAAACUCACAGACUCUGAGAUGAACAAAUGCAAUGACUUAACUGAACCAGGAGUACAGUAUCCAUAUAUAGACGUGAAAAAUCGCAAUAAAAGUCGUAGAAGAGAGGACGCUAACUAGCACCACUGGAUCACUGAACCCUACAUUGACUAUUCUGCUUUGUCUGAUGUCUGAGCUGGAUGAUUUAUCACAGUACCCCAUACCUUACCCCUACGAGAUGGUCAACAGAUUAAAUGUUGCUAGGAAACACUAAGGAUGAUUCAACGACAUAAAUCUGGAUUCAGCAAAAAAAUUGUAGAAUCAACAAUAUGACACUCGCAACUCAUAAGCACAUUUUCACAUCCAAAAACUGUUGUUUCAAUUACAAGUACUUUGACAGAGAAAGUUUUAAUGAUGUUACAAUUUCAUACUUUAAUACAUAAAUGUAAAUCAUUUUUGUUUGAAAUAAGACACAUUGCACAAUCUACAAAAAAUUGAUCUAUUUUUUCAUGUGUAUCAAAAAUAUUUAUUUUUUUAAUGUAAUUUUUACAUUUUUUCCACUCCUUCCAAAAGGAAUG